UCUCUGGUGCUGAUUCUGUGUCCUCAGAACUUGUCAAGACUUCCCUCCUCCCCCCGCCCCCAGAGUUUUCUCUUUGUCUCCCCCAUUUUUCUGUCAAGUUUCUUUUGCGCCUGCUUUGUGUCCUGUGCCCCUCUCCUCCAUUGUGCAUUGCCUUAGGAACAUUUGUUAUUUUUGUUCUUCUUUUCCCCUUGCCUAGCAAACUUUUAAUAAACUUUGGGGUUUCCUGUUUUUCUGCUCCCGCUUAUUUUGCUUUUGCUCCUCACCCUUCUCACAAAGCCGACUGCUUGCUUUUUAGGCUUUUGACCAACAACAGACAUAUGUUCUUUACCAUGGGUGGCUUUUUCAGGGGAUGCAUAAAGAACUAAUUCCAAGCGAACAUUGGUGCUCCUUAGCUUCUGUUUUCAAAAUACUUUUUCUUGUCGUUUCCGUAACAGUUGGAUUGGGGCAGAUCUUCCUGUGUUAAAUUCCUUUUCUUCCCUCCAUCCCUUAGUGGGUUUCUAGUAGUUGGAAAGGCUGAAGAGGAGGAUGCCAAGGAAACUGCUGUUACCUUAUAAAUCUGUAUUUUCUCACUCUCGGGUCCCAAGGGGUUUGCAUGAUUCCUUGGCGAUGAAUGCAGCCAGAAGUGGCUACCGGGUCUUCUCGGCAAAUUCUACAGCAGCAUGCACAGAACUGGCAAAGAAAAUCACUGAGCGCCUAGGUGCUGAACUGGGAAAAUCUGUGGUGUAUCAAGAAACCAAUGGAGAAACAAGGGUUGAAAUAAAAGAAUCUGUCCGAGGCCAGGAUGUUUUCAUUAUUCAAACAAUCCCGAGGGAUGUAAACACAGCUGUGAUGGAACUCUUGAUCAUGGCCUAUGCACUGAAGACGUCUUGUGCCAAAAAUAUCAUCGGGGUUAUUCCCUACUUCCCUUACAGCAAACAAAGCAAAAUGAGGAAGAGAGGCUCAAUAGUCUGCAAACUCCUCGCUUCCAUGUUGGCCAGAGCAGGUUUAACUCACAUCAUCACUAUGGAUCUUCAUCAAAAGGAAAUCCAGGGCUUCUUCAGCUUUCCGGUUGAUAAUUUGAGGGCAUCACCUUUCUUGCUUCAGUAUAUACAGGAAGAGAUUCCUGAUUAUAGAAAUGCAGUCAUUGUGGCCAAGUCUCCUGAUGCAGCUAAGAGGGCCCAGUCUUAUGCUGAACGACUGCGACUAGGACUAGCUGUCAUCCACGGGGAGGCUCAGUGCACGGAACAAGACAUGGAUGAUGGACGUCAUUCUCCUCCAACAGUCAAAAACACUACACUACACACUGGCUUGGAGCUGCCAUUGAUGAUGGCCAAAGAAAAACCACCAAUAACAGUAGUUGGAGAUGUUGGAGGUAGAAUUGCCAUAAUUGUGGAUGACAUCAUUGACGAUGUGGAAAGCUUUGUGGCAGCUGCAGAGAUCCUGAAAGAGCGGGGUGCUUACAAGAUUUUUAUCAUGGCCACUCAUGGGCUCCUGUCUGCAGAUGCUCCACGCCUGAUUGAAGAGUCCUCAAUUGAUGAGGUGGUGGUCACCAAUACGGUUCCUCACGAAGUGCAGAAACUGCAGUGUCCCAAGAUAAAGACUGUAGAUAUCAGCUUGAUUCUCUCCGAAGCCAUCCGUCGAAUCCACAAUGGGGAAUCUAUGGCUUACCUCUUUCGCAACAUCACUGUUGAUGAUUAGAUUUCCCCCCCCCCUUCUCGCUCCUGUCUGGUUUCCUUAAACAGAAGGGAGAAUGGCAAUGUGUAUGAAACAGCAGCGUCAUAAAGUUGAUAAGUUUUUGAGAUCUUAUAAGUGGGAUGAGUGUUGAGGGACUGUUGCCACGAGACCAGAGCAACUACUAAAAGCUUCACCUCUUUUUGGAGGCUAAACUUGAUCAGGAUGCGUCAGGCAUCGGAGUCUAUUUAAAACUCUUUUGAAAGAGACUAGCGGUGGCUUCUUGGUUGUGUUGUGAGAGAGAAACUGGGAAGUGACCUUGAAGGCUUACUGAGAUUUGGCUUACUCCACAAAUUCUCUAGGAACGAGUGCUGUCAAGCUACUUUGGUCGAAAACAGGUUUCUUUUUGCAUCACUAGUCUGCGCAAGGCUCCUCUUGUCGUCUUGGGUUCAUGUCCUAAUCUAAUGGAUGCAGCAGAGCUUCCCUUUGUGAAAUCAUCUACAAAUAAGCUUCAUUUUAUGGCACCUUAGAUAAUAUCAGCAAUAACAUGACACGAUGCUUAGAGAUUCUAAAAUGUCGGUAGAAAAUAGAAUAGGAUUCUUCUCCUUUUGUGGAAUCCUAGGUUCUAAGCCUGCCCAGUUGGCAAGUACCGAUUACCUACAAGGUUUCUCACAUGCUGUGUUGAGGGAUGAAGUGCGCUGGCCAGAAAGUAUAGAGAUACCCAGGUCAUACAAAACUGUAUCUUACACUUCUGAUGCUGAGGAAUUAACUGAUUCACUUUUUUAAGAGAUUGCUAUAUACUGCUAUGUUAACACUGACAUCUUUGCUUGGGUUAGUCAGCCUGCUUCCUAAUGUAGUGGUUUUUUAACAUUCUGCCAGAAAGGCUAUGGAAUUUUGUAUCUCUUUGGGACUCUCCAUCAGAUGAUAGCCUCUGGCUUGGAAGUGAAACUACCCUGCUCCCUUGUGUUGUCAGCACCUUCUAAAAUGCCACUGUUCCACUAAUAAGAUUCCUGCAGUCCACUUGGCAGGUGUCAUCCAUUCAUUUAAUUCCUAUCCAGAGUAAAAUCACUUCUCAUGGAUCAUUAGGACUCUUAGUCAUUUGUAAAACCACAAGACGGUGAUAGUGCUGUAAUUUCCCACCAAAUGUUGAUAGACUGAGAUACUAUUUAAAAAAUUCUAAAUACCCAAACACUUUGGCUGGCCGUAUUUUAUCAUCAAGAGUGUUCACAAAGCCACCUGACAAAAAAAAAUGAAUGCCAUUUUAUUUUUCUAUUAAAGUCUUUGCCAGUCUGUGCGUACUGCAGGCCUAAGGCUGCCGUCUGCAGACUAGUGGAUGAGAAGAUGCCCGGGCCUCCCCUGCUUACCUAGCGGUAGCAGCUGCUCUACCACUCAAAGGUAGAACUGUUGUCAGUGUGUAGUAAUGGAGGAAAGAUUCAGCAAAGCUGAUGUCACUGCUGAUGGCCAUUCUACUGGGCUGUCAGAUCCUGUUGAGUGGUGUAACGUGGCCCAGUCGCCUUCCUCUGCAGUAGUUUUGACUAAUUUAAUUAGCCUUCCUCAGGCACUGCUGCUUUCUUUAGAGAAUCCAGGGUCCAAACUUAGAAAACCUAACAUUUUCAUAAAAUGCUUUCAUCACACGUGAAUUUGCGUAUGGUGAUGCUGCUGUGACAAAACCGUACACGGUGAAAUUCUGCCUUUAUAGAAUUACAUUGAAGGGACAAAGGCCUGCGUGUGGGUCUUGGAGCUACCAAACGUAUGUCCCUUUGGCCACAGAUUUUCAGCUUUCAGAGUUCCCUUGCCUAGAUCACCUUUUUCUCACAAGUUUGCAGCUCCUUUGAGUUUUCCCACAUCCAACUUUCUUCUUGGUUUCUUUAGCUUGACAUUUCCACUAGGCUUAGUUUUUCUCACUCCUGGUCUUCCUUCAGCCAAUCUGCUCUGGGCUUGUUGUCCUUUAGUUUUCCAACCUCCUGAUGAGAGUAGCUUUGAUCAUUAACAGCAAAUGCCUAAAAGAGGUACAUGACUCAUGUGUGCGCCUUCCAAAAUGUAUUGUUUGAAGCACUGUGGCCCUGUGAGGAUUCCAGAUGUUUGCUGCAGCUGUGGACUCUACCUUGAAGCAUAGAAAGAAGAUACACAGCUUGCUCCUGUAUCUCCUUUUUAAUACUCGUCUCCCUCCCUACUUGCCCACAUUGGUCUUCCUGUUGCUAGCUCCUGUGUUAAAGGGCAAAUGGGUCUUCAAGCUGGACCACUGGCACAAUCUAUUGUUCAAAUUCAGAUUAAAUUUUAUUGUUCUGAUUGAACGUUUA